AGGUGUCCUCAUCCCUGGGACAGUUGCUGUGACACGUGUGACACAAACUUCAGGUUCUACCAGAGUAAUACCCAUCAGUGGAGAGCAUUGCCAAAGCUGUGCUGCUUGUGGGUGUUGGCUGCAAAGCUGACAGACCCAAAAUAAUGAUCAGUUGAGCCAUCAGCUGGGCAGUCACAUCCCUUCUCUGCUGGGCUCACCCAGGUUGGAGGAACAGGUUCACAGGAUUCACAGCUGCAAUUCAUCAACUUCUCAUUCAGAAUACUGCAAAGAUAAAAUUCCUUUCCCUGUCUUGCCUUCCUUUCCUCCCUUUCUCCAUUCCUCAUGUUGCUCAGGACACCUGUGAGGCAGAGCUGAAGGCUGAUGGGUGCCCUCGUACUCAGCACCUCUGGAGACAGGCUCUGGUGUGGACACUGAGGACCAAUGGUGCUACACAGAACCCAGAGAAAGCAGCUGCUAUGAGCAAGGGGAGAAUGAAUGCAGCUACCUUGGACAGAAACCCAGGGAGGCCACCCAGCCUUGCUCUCUGCUCUCUCCCUGCUUCCACAGCUGAGUUGCUGGGGCCAAGACCUGUUUCCUCAAUCACCUUUCAUGCAGAAAAGCACUGCUUUGUGCCAGUGACUUGGAAAAUGCUUACUGAUGUCUGUGACUUGUUGCUUCGCCAGGUGCUACGCUGAAGGCUGAUGCUGAACGAAGCACAGCCUCUACAGAUUCCUGUUGGUAGAUGCUCAGCCAUGUCUGUGUCCUUUCCCUCUGCUUGUCCCUGUGCUCACCUGUGCACAUGCUGCUCUCUCAUCUGCAGCCAGAGAUCAAGGUUUCUGCUGGAGCUCUUUUCUGAGCCAAGCACUGAUUUCCAUUGCCCCCUUGCUUCCCUUUGGUCCUGUCCUCCUCGCCUCAGGGACUGUGCACCAGUGAGCCCAGAGAGCAGGCACAAGAGGCAUCAUUUCAGCAGCUCUGCUACAAAAGAUCUAGGAAACUCUGCCCAUAAGCCCUGAACAGGGGGUUAUGCAUAGACAUUUUUUCUAAUGCUGCCCAGAUCCAUGCAGAAAGGAUCCCCCUCUUGAAAACGGCCACAACCCUAUCUGCUGAUCGGCCAAGACCUGCUCAGCCUUUGACAUGGACUGGAUACUGUUUUGGGAGAUUGGUACUAAAUGGGCAUUUCCCCUCAGAUCAUGAUUGAUCACAUUUUUCUGAAACAGCCUCCACAGCAGCCAGUCAGUAAGCUCAGCAUCAAUGUUCAGCUUCAGGAAUGAGCGAGGCUGAUCCUCCAUGGCAGCCACCAUGCUUCAGAGAGGACUGUCAUGUCUUUGAAAUUCAGAGAAGCCUAUUCACGCCGUGAUGGUCUUGGUGCUGGCUUAGAGAGGGUGCUGUUAGGAAAUGGAGAGGUGUGCAGAGACCUGCCCUGCUCCACUCUGUUCUUAAUUUGCUACCUCUCUUUGGCAAAGCCAGAGCACAGGCUUUGCUUCACCUCUGCAGUUUGUUUCACAUGUGAGUACCACACCUUGGCACCACGCUCACAUUUGUUAGAAAGAUCACCUUUAUCUUGAAGCAAUGGUUAGGGCUUUGAGGAGUGAUUAUCCUUGCUGCUCUUCAUCAGUUAACAGCCUGUUGUUUUUUUGUUGUUGUUGUUUUUUUGUUUGUUUGUUUUGUUUGUUUGUUUUCUGUAGAGGAAAGAGCACCACUUGGCCUUGUUCAGAAGCCCUCCUGUACCUGCAGGAUCCUCAAGUACAGGAAUGAAUAACUGGGCAGCAAACAGUAGCAGGUGUGACAUCAAGACCUCAGCUGGUUGUGGUGCCUGAGUGCCCUUUUCUUUCAAAACUCAUGUUUUACCUUCUGCAAACCAAAGCAUAUGGAUGGAGGAUUACAGAGACACUGAGCAUCCUUGGAGAGUGCCAGCUGAAGAAAAGAGACUGCAGGUGACAGCCUGGGGAGCCUGCUGUCCGGCGGAGACCUGGAGGACUUGCUGGUUCCUCUCACUAUGGAUUACCUUUCAACAACUCUUAACUCCUCUCCAUUGUAUAAUAUCUACAACUCAUUUCACAGGACAACAGAUGCCAUGUCACCAGCACCAAAUUCCUCUUCAAAUUAUUAUGAGGACUACUACUAUCCUGAAAUGGCUUCCACUUGCACCACAGAACAUAGUAAAUACUUUACAUCUAUGUUUUUUCCAGUGCUGUACACUGUGUUGUUUGUUACCGGCCUUGUGGGAAAUGCUUUGGUCGUUUGGGUCCUAUUGGCCUUCAAGAAAGUCAGGGCCAUGACUGACAUCUAUCUGCUGAACCUUGCCAUCUCUGACCUCCUCUUUGUCUUCUCUCUCCCCUUCUUGGUUCAGUACUCCCUGGUGAGCCAGUGGACUUUUGGCAAUGCCAUGUGUAAAAUUGUCAGCUCAGCUUACUUCAUUGGUUUCUACAGCAGCUCCUUCUUCAUAACCAUCAUGAGCAUCGACAGGUACUUGGCCAUUGUGCGGUCUGUGUAUGCUCUGCGGGUGCGCACGUCCGCCCACGGGGUCAUCGCAAGCCUGGCCCUUUGGGCAGUCGCCAUUUUAGCAUCAGCGCCAGACCUCAUUUUCUUCCAGGAAAUGGAUGACAGCAACAGGACCGUGUGCCUGCCUCACUAUCCUGGUAGUGACAACAGCUGGAAGAUUUUCAGCAAUUUUGAAGUCAAUGUCCUGGGGUGGCUGAUCCCGGUGGGCAUCCUCAUUUUCUGCUAUCACAACAUCUUGAAAAACCUGCAACGGUGUCACACUCGCAACAAGUAUAAAGCAAUGAAGCUGGUUUUCAUUGUCGUCACGGUGUUCUUCCUUUUCUGGACCCCCGUCAAUGUCGUGCUCUUCCUGGACUCCAUGAGGAGCAUGCACAUCAUCGACGACUGCCAGGCAAGCCAAAAGCUCGACCUAGCCCUGGAGCUGGCUGAGGCGCUCUCCUUCGUCCACUGCUGCCUCAACCCCAUCAUCUACGCCUUUGUGGGCGAGAAGUUCAAGAAGUAUCUCUGCGAGGCUUUUGGCAAAUAUGCACGUUUUCUCUUGACCUGCAACAACUACAGUGUGUUCCACAGGCACAAACUGGACAGGCAGUCCUCUGUGCACAUGGGGUCCUCGCAGUCAUCUUUUGUAGGUAGUGUCUUGUAGAGCUGCAAGACAAAAGCUCCCAUACUUCAUGCAUGACUUGAAGUUGAGCAGUCCUCCCGGUGAUUCAGUUAAUAAGUCUUCUUGUUGCCUUAGUGUAGGAGGUUUAGGUGCAGUGGCCCAUUACCAAAUUGUGACUAGGAAAUCCCGCAAUCCUAGAGCAAGCUGCAGUGCACCUUGCUCCAUGAUAUGCUGUAAUACCAUUCUGAGCAGAUCACAGAAUCACAGAAUCACAGAAUUUCUAGGUUGGAAGAGACCUCAAGAUCAUCUAGUCCAACCUCUGACCUAACACCAACAGUCCCCACUAAA